UAAUUGGAAAUGAAAUUCAAAUUCACUGUGACACGUGUGGAAGGAUUAUUCGUGAAAUCAUUUUUUUUCUUCGUUUAUCUGGAAGUUUCGUUUUGGUUACCGUUGAACGAACUUAGAUGGAAUUAUAGUUGCGAAUUGGUCUAAGUAAGAAGGUGCAAAUAUGUUCGCAAUCUCGAAGCGUUUCGUACUUUUUCUACUGUCUGUGGUUCUUCUCUCGGGAUGUUUGUACGCUGUGCUGUUGCAACAGGAAGAAGAGGGCCAGCAGCGACCAAAUAUUGUUGUUAUCAUGGCGGAUGACCUCGGUUGGAACGAUGUGAGUUUUCAUGGCUCUAAUCAAAUACCCACGCCAAAUAUAGACGCUCUCUGUUACUACGGCGUGAUAUUCCGACGACAUUACGUUUUACCGAUAUGCACACCAUCAAGGACAGCCUUUCUUACCGGGCGUUAUCCCAUUCGAACAGGUAUGCAAGGUUAUCCUCUGAAGGCAGGUGAGCCACGUGCAAUACCUCUGAACAAUACACUUUUACCGGAAUACUUACGAAAAUUGGGAUACGCCACUCACCUGGUAGGGAAAUGGCACGUUGGCUAUUACAGUGAUUAUCAUACACCAGCGUAUCGCGGUUUCGAUACCUUCUUGGGAUAUUACAACGGUUACGUCACAUACUUCAAUCAUACCAUUGAACAAAAUGAUCAAGUUGGAAACGACUUGCACUACGACGUUCCAAAAAAUUUAUCCGCCAAGUACAGUCACGAGUACAUGACCGAUCUGAUAUCGGAACGAGCCGAGGACAUAAUUUGGAAUCACGACCGGAGGAAACCCCUUUAUCUUCAAUUAUCCCAUCUAGCUCCUCAUGCUAGCGAUUCGAAGGACGUGAUGGAGGUUCGCGAUAUGAAAGAAUUAAACGCGACUUUAGGUUACAUAGAGGACUUCAACAGAAGAAAAUUUGCGGGCGUGGUCACAGCCUUGGACGAAUCUGUCGGUAGAGUGGUUCAGGCGUUGAAGGAAAGGCACAUGUUGGAAAAUUCGAUUAUCGUUUUCAUGUCCGACAACGGAGCGCAGACAGAGGGACUUUUGGAAAAUUAUGGCUCGAACUAUCCUUUGCGAGGGUUGAAAUUCACACUUUUCGAGGGUGGAAUUCGAGGCGCAGCAUGCGCCUAUUCGCCGUUAAUAAAGAACACCUCCACGAUCUCCGAUCAAAUGUUUCACAUAACCGAUUGGCUACCAACGUUCUAUACAGCUGCUGGUGGCAAUCUGGAGGAUUUGGAGGAAAAUCUCGACGGCUUUGAUCAAUGGUCCACAAUAGUUUCCGCGAAAAAAACCGUUCGCGAGAGCAUUUUGUUGAAUAUUGACGAAGUGGAAAAUCUUUCUGGGGCUUUAUGGGGGAAAUACAAGCUGAUAAAUGGAGCAAAACAGUUGUACGGUGAUUACUAUGGCGAUAGUGGUACGAACGAAUCGUACCCAAAGUACAAUGUAUCAAGUGUUUUGCAUUCGCCGGCAGGUUCCGCGAUUGCUAAUAUAUCAAAUCUUACGUUAAGUGCUAACGACAUAACUCAGCUUCGAGAAGAAACAAGGGUUACUUGCAAACACCCGACAUUUUAUCCAAAAUGUUUGAACACAUGCUUGUUUGAUGUCUAUAGUGAUCCUUGUGAAACUAUCGAUCUGUCUCUCAAACAUCCAGAUAUUGUCAGUCGAAUGACCAGUUACAUCGCAGGAUAUAAGAAAGUUUUAAUGUCUCAAACGAACAUGAUCGUGGACCCGAAUUCCUAUCCUGAGCAUUUCAACGGAACGUGGAUGCCUUGGUUAAAAUUACCCGAAGAACUAGUUCACGUUCUCAGUGGUUGA